UAACGGUGGUAGCCGUCUCCUCCGCUCACCCGCUUGUCCCGGCGGUUUGUUGACGUUUGCUGGAGCACAGCAGCAGCUAGUAACGGGGCUCUGUCCGUUGUUUCUUGUCGCCUGAGUCAAUGAAGCUAGCCGACUAGCUAGUGAGCUAACGCGGCUUGGAAUGGGUUUUAGAGUCAAAAGAUGAUCGCGUCACUUUCUAGAGGAAGUCUGCUGGAUGAGGUUCUACACGGAGGCUUCAACGAGCAGCAGCUGGCAGCCUAUGUUUCGUGGGUGAACUGUCAGCUGAAAAAGAAACCAGGCCUGAAGCCGAUCACGAACCUCAGGCAUGAUCUGCAGGAUGGGGUGGUGCUCACGCAGCUCAUAGAGAUAGUUGCAGGGGAAACGCUAGAAGGGGUCUAUGUCGCUCCACAGAACAAAGAGGAGAGCAGGAAGAAUGUGGCGCAAGUCUUGCAGUUCAUUUCCUCCAAACACAUACGCAUGCCUCACAUAUCCGCAAGAGACAUUGUCGAUGGUAAUCUGAAAUCUGUAAUGAGGAUAAUUCUGGCGUUGGCCGCCCACUUCAAACCCUCAGCCAAUCACAGGGCUGCCUCUGGAAGUGGGAGGAGUUUGACAAGAGGCUCUGCCAGCCACAACCCUCUCUCCACUGUUGCAUUAGUACAAGGUGCCGCUGCUGCACUGGAGUCAGCGCGACUUGAUGCCUUGCAGCCUACACGCGUCACACGUCUCCAGAGUGGCUGGGGGUUGGAUGUGGAGAAGAAUGUGUGUGUUCGGUCACUGGUCAAGCAGUAUGAAAGAGGAACUCCGGAUGAGCCGGACAAUCCCCAGCCUAGCAGCCUCAACUCGGUCAGUCCGCUGUCGUCUCCAAGAACUCCACCCGGCAGCCACUCGGACGGACCGCAGGAAGACCCCCACCACCACCAGCAGGAGAGCAGGGUGGAGUCAUCCUGUGUUGUAGCGGAGACGGCGUUGGAGGGUUCUCUCAGUGAAACGUUGGAGCAGGAGGUGCAGGAGACACGUAAAAUGGUGUCUGCUUUACAGGCUCUGCUGCUCCGUGGUUCGCUGCCUGAGGAUGAGCAGGAUGUGUCUCUGAGUUUGGACCAAGGCAAUGCUGAUCAGCAACUGGCAGUAGUCAUUCACAGUCGUCUGGAUCAGAGCAUGGAGGAGGCUCGGGAGCUAAAGAGGGAAUUGUUGCGCUGUAAGCAGGAGAUGAGAAGCUUGCAGGGAGUCAAGGACGCCCAGCAGCAGAGACUGUGCACUCAGGAGGCAUCAAUACUGCAGAUGAAGCAAGAGCUUCUCAGAGCCAGCAUGACGAAGGAUGAGCUCAACAACCAGAACGCCGAGCUGCAGUGGAAGCUGGAGGAAAGUAACAAGAUGUGGGGAGAAUUUAAGAAGGAGAUAGGACAGAAGGACAGGCUACUGCAGCAACUCAAACACAAGCUUGAAGAAAGCAAAAAAAAGCAGAGUGAGUUGCAAAGAGAGUUGGAGCAUAAAAUCAGCAUGCAGAUUCCCACCAGCACAGAAAACAACGGGUAUUCUUACUCUGGAAAUCCAGCUCCGUCGAUGUCAGACCAGGCCGAGGAAGUUCAGCUGCUCAGAGAUUCACUUCGGAGUCUGAGGAACAACUUCAGAGACCACGACCCACAGCAGCAUACGCUGGACACCCUGGAGCAGGGCAUAGUAUCGCUCAUCGACAGACUGCAUGUCCUGCAUGCACACAGGGGAAGGGGGAAAUCUCCAAGACGCAAAGGCCCACACACAGACUCUGACACCUGGCCUUGCACAAAGGUUUGUCAAUCUCACAGUGGUUCUUCUGCCUCCACUAAAGUCCUUUAUUUUACUGGAACAUCCCCAACACCUUCCAUGAUCAACAUACCGAAGAGGCUGGGGGAGGUUACUCUGAAGGAUGUUAAGGCAGCCGUGGAUCGAGAGGGAAACUACAGGUACCACUUCAAAGCCCUGGAUCCUGAGUUUGGCACCGUGAAAGAAGAGGUGUUCCUGGAUGGAGCGAUCAUUCCAGGCUGGGAAGGAAAAAUAGUGGCGUGGGUAGAAGAGGACCGCGGUGAGGAAAGUCCAUUGUAGGUGCAAGCUGAAGGACAUGACACUCUGAUCCUAGAGGCACAUCAACUGUUCAGCCGAGAGAUUUGAGAUUUGAAUUAUUAGCGAAAUACUGUAAGAGAUUUGAUCAGCUGGUACUAAACCCCACUGAUGGCCCUACCCGCCCUGUGAAGCUCAGUGCCUUACAAAGCAAAGCUAGUUCCAUCAUGUGCUUGUUAUUGCCAGGCUGUUACUGUAUUAUCAAAACUGGACAGAAGCAUUAUUUUGUAUUUAACUGUUUCUAAAGCCACAGUUGUGUUGUUGUUUCCCUUCUAGUUGAAACCGGAGGUUUGUACUGUAUUUAAGAAUUAGAAAAAAUGUGCGAAGUAAUGUUUAAUUGUUAACUUUUCAUUUCUUGUUCAGCAAUGAAGUCUAUGAAACAAAUACUACCAGAUGUUAGAAAUACGUAUUGACCAUUUUUUUUCAGUUGAGGUACAUUUAAUUUAACUGUGAAUAUAAAUUGAAUAGACAGUAUUAUCUAAGAAUUUGGAAAAACAUUUUCUGGUGAGAAACAAAUACCACUUAUACAUUAGAAGUAUUAAAGUGUGGGGGGGGGGGGGGUAAAAGAAAGUCUGACACACUUUGUACAACUUCAUUUUGAUUUGGUGCUGCACAAGGUUGAUUACAUACAAUAUAAAAAGAUAACAUAAAAGGACGGUGACGGCCAUCUGAAGAUGUCCGGACUGAAAAUAAAAGGAACAAAGACUUCAGUUUCACUAAAUAGGACCCAAAUCCAGAUGUGGGCUUAAAUGUAAGUCUGUAGCUCACCAGAUGUUAACAGAAAUGCUCAAACUGAACUGCUGUCAGUGAAAUUGAAAUGAUGCUGGAAUUUUGACGUUGAUGUAGAAAUGCAGAUGAACAGCACUGUUGUUUUGUUUACUUUAUGUAAUUGUUUUGUACAUUUGUGUAAAAUUAUUUUCAGUCUAUCUUUCAUUGUUUUAAGUUAAUGGCUCUUGUUUGUCUAAAGAGAGAUUCCUGUGAGAUUAGAAUAUGAUAAGAAGAUGCGGUAUUGUGAAUUUGACAUCAGACAUGAGACUUUUGUCCUGGAACAGUGGACCAUCCCACUAUUUAUGGUAUGUGAGCAUAGACUGUAUGUAAGAAGUGUGUGUGUGUGUGUGUGUGUGUGUGUGUGUGCGUGUGUGUGUGUGUGUGUGAGAGUGUGUGUGUGUGUGUGUGAGAGAGUGAGAGAGAGAGACAUCAAAAUGGACCUUUGACAUGUUUUCCUUCACUCUGCUUCUAUCUUCCUAUUCAGGAUCAAUGUGUUUGCCAACUGAAAUAUGCAUCGGUCUACUGUUAUAUCGACAUGUUUGAAUGCCAUAACUGCCUGUACUGUAAAAUGUACAAUUUGCUUGUGAGAUGGUUAUAAUAUAUGGUUACUGUCAGUUAAAAAAAAAUACAGUUGUUGAAUGUUAGAAAGACAGAUCAUUUUAAAUAAAGCCUGAGUUUUGUUUUUAAAAAGAUUAUCCGUUUUUAUGGUGUCUAGGUCGACAGUGGAGUUUUACUAAUGAAUGGCUAUUGAUAGACAGUUAAAGUCUUUAAUAAAAAUGCCUAAGCAUCUUCAUUUUCAUCACUGUAGAAUAUUUCACAGUAGAUGGAAAAACUCCCAUCUCUCUGCUGACUUUUGGAAAUGUAUUCUCUAUUUCAUGUCACUUGGGAUGGAUCGGCCCCUGAAACCUGACUGAGCUGUUCAGUCAUCACAAACUCAGCUCAAACACACAGGACUCCAUUUGAAAGUCAAGCUCAGUCCCCAAAGUUACCAAAGAUGCAAAAAAAUGU